CAACGUUUCAACGAGACCGAUCAACUUGUAGUUUUGCCACUGCAGCGUGAAGCGCGUGAUGUUUUGCAGCGUCCAGUACGCGACCUCGUGGGCAAGUGGACGUGGCGCCACCAUCACGUCCUGCACCCACUCGAUGCCUUCCGCCGUCUUGCGCAAUUCACGAACGAGUCCCACGUCGACAGCACCCCCCCAGCACGAUCGAAACGCGACCAUGUCUGUGUUGCGGAAGAGCGAUUCCAUGUAGACCGCUCCGUUGGACCGCAUCCCUUGGUCGCACCGCUGCUGGCGCGACGCCGUGUUGGCCACCCCCCACCGGCGACGGAAGUCGACCCAGCAAAAUUGCGUCGCAACCCAGGGCAAGUCGCAGGGGGGCGUCGACUGGAUGCCGUUGAUGAUGGCUGGUAACGCGACGUCGUGGAAGUGCGCAGUAUUGGCCGCGUACUGGCUGCUGGCGACCGCCGUCGCGCUUCCAUUGUACCACGCUUGCAACUGCACAUCCGACGCAUUCAGGACGACCCGACCCCGUUGAGUCGCCCCUUCGACGUUGAACCAGUCAAUCAGGAAUGCCUGCAUGCCGGUGCUAUUGAGCCCUUCCCACAAAAACGUGUUGCUGAUCUUGGAUUCAGUGACAAAGAAGAACGACGCGGACGACCCGGCGGACACAACCAAGAAGACGAGGCCAACCACGGCUCGAAAGCGGUGCGACGUCAGAAGCGCUGGACUGGGCCGCUGCACGAGGUCGUGUGACGGACCAAGGACAGAUUUGGUCGACAAUUGCGGCUUCAGGCGAAGGGUCGGGGCGCGAAAGACGUGAGAACCCUCGAUCGACGGCAAGACCACCCACAGCAGAACGCUAAAGUCGCACGCGAGUUUCUUCGUUCGGAACGGCAAGAUCCCACUAAAGAUGCUGCAGGCCACCCCAAAGUCGAGCUCGGACGCGUCGUGCCGUCCAAAGUGCGCAGACGCCACGGCCGGAAUGAUCACGGGGACCUUGGACGGGGUGGUUUUGACGUCGACGAGCAUGGCCAUGCCCCACGCGAGCACGAUCGAAGCAACGUGAACGACGCACAACAGCACAAACCGGUCGAAGCUCCCAAUGUCGACGUAACCAAACACGCACGCGAGUUGAACCUCCAUGUUGGUGCUGAUGCAUUCGCGCGUCGUAGACGCGGUUGCAACGACGGGGCUGGCAAGAUCGAGAACGAUCGACGUCGCCCAGACCAAGGCCCCACUCACCACGCCGCACUGCAUCGUGUGUCGGCCGGUAAAGAGCGACAACACGUCGUUUACAGCGUACGUGAGCCAGAGCGCCUCGCCCGCCACGACAAACGUUUCCCAGAAUUGCCGUGGUUGCAUGAAAAAGCUCGUGUACCCAUUGCGUGUGACCAACUUGAUUUUGGCGGUGCUCAGCAGCGUCAUCGCCGUGAGCCCGCGCAGCAUCAAGAGGGGCCGUCCCAUCCACACCACGCCAGCCACGCGAUAAGCGGCCAGGAGGUGUCGAAUCGACAACGCACGCCGACGGACGACCGCCGCCAACAUCGCCACCCCCACCACCGCAAAGAGAACGCCAUUGCCAUACCACAGCAGCAUCCACAUUGCGAACGCAAAUCGAUUUGGGGUCGCGAGUGGGUCGAACACAAACGAUUCCGGGUUGUACUGCUUGGAGAUGAGAACGACCGUGGACUCGUCGCCGUCCAUCGCGACGACUUCACGAGCGCCUUGAACCCAAUCAAGCACGUGCAGCCAGCCAAAGACAGCCCACGCCGGGUCGUUGUCCAACAAGUUCUGGUGCAAGAUCAACGACGUGCCGUUUCGAGAGGCAUAUUGCAUCAACCCUACGUUGAGUUGGCUUGUUUCGUGCCGUGCGAUCGGCGCCAGGGUGGCCAUGACGUCGUCCGUUCGGCUAGACACUGCUCGCCAGUCGGCAAUAAAUUGCUUGGCCGCCAGCAUACGCUCCUCGCAAGCACCCGCCGUGUCGCUCCCGGUCAAGGCGCAAAUGGCCUUGGGCAUCACGUCGCGUUGGAAAAAGUAAUGCACGAGCCAUUGCGCCAUCACGACGUUCACGAACGUCGAUUCCACCGUCAUCUGAGGGUACGGCCGCGCGCAUCCGUCGUCAAACCCAAUGCUCUGCUGCACGUACGACCGAAGCGUCCCCAUGUAGCACAAUGGAUUUCCACCGGCGUAGGUGUGGCCUCGCCAGUGGGGAGGGACCAUGGCGAAGAUCGACUUGGACCACGGCGUUGUGAGAUGAUGUUGCUGGAUGUCGUGGACGAGGGCUUUGUGGAGGAGCGUGUGCAGCUGGAGCAGCGAUUGCGGGGGCUGCACGUACAACAGGUCGAGGGACCCGAUGGGCCCGACCACUUCGUGGAGGAGAACACUCCAAACUGUGUCGGGGUAGCCCCCCGUCCACAUUUCGACGUUUUUCGAGUCGGGAAGACGGACGAACGAGUUGGAUGCGCUCCGAACGAGGCUUGCAUUGACGUCUCCGGCAUACAAGAAGCCAUUCCAUACGCCUUGCGACGCCAAUCCACUUGUCCACAGCCCCCACUGGCUGAUGGUGUGGUGCAGGGGAAUGGAAAACGUUGCAAACACGGUGCGGACCGCCACGGAGCCGUCAAACGCGAUCUCUUGGUGGUUGUGCCACGCAAUGGUGUACCGCGAGACGUUCUUGUCCGUCCAAAAGGCCACUUCCGCCUCGACUGAAGUCGAUGCCACGGCGGCUUUGGUGCGCUCUAGCCACGCCGCGCCGCCGACCGCUUCGCGCAACGCAUUUCCGUACGCCACCUCAAAGUUUGCUCCCCACGUCGGAUACCAUUUGUCCCAGACCGUAUUGCGCAGCAACGCUUCCAAGUACACCGCGCCGUUGUCGGCAAACCGCGCGUGACAGCGCUGCUGCCGCUUUGUCGUGAAUGCGACUUCCCAUCGCCGGUCAAAAUCAAGCCAGCAGUGGCACGUGAGAGAUCUCGCGCUCUUCCGAAUCGUUUGGACUCGAAGAGACGCCACAGCAAAUGCUACAUUGGUUAGCUCUUCCGCAGCCAAGCGUCGAUUCCGCGUCAUUUGAAUCGUAGUCGCUGCGUCAAGGGCCGAGUAGUCCUUGGCAAGCGCCUCGUCAGGGGAAAAUAGCGCGAGCGGCGCCACGUCGUCGGUCGAGACCUUCCACAGCUGGGCAUUGUACACGUCCGCCAUGAACGCUUGGGCGGCGGCGUUGAAAUCCGUCCAAAAGUAGUCAUUUUCAACGUACGACUGGACGACAUGCAUGUACGCGAUCGUGACGGCAAACGAAGCCGCAGCCGCCACGACACCUACCACAAGCGCCACGUGAUGCCAUCGAGAGAGUCUCGCUGCAACCAGGAGCGACGCGCUCGAGUCGACAUGGGCAACCUGCAUCGUUGUCGUCAACGCCCGCAAAUUCUCGAUGGCCCCGCAACCCUUGACACACA